UAGUAGAACAAACAAUGACAUCAGUACACAGCCAUAGACCACCACACAAGAAGAUGGAUACACAAUACACAAUGAUGUUAUUGUUUCCAUCAUUUCAUGCUGCAUUGACGCCAGGGGAAGACUGACAACUCAUGGGGCCCCCAGGCAAUAGGGGAUCAUGGGGCCCUUGUGUCCUUGUCCACACUCAAACCACACCCAAAAAAGCCUAUGAAAGGUACCAGAGGCAUCUCAUGGGGCCCCCUACUGACCCCGGGCCCUCGGGCAGUGCCCAAGUGCUCAAAUGAUCAGUCCGCCCCUGAUUG